AUGUAUGUGAAAUGGUUUGAUACAGUAAUGUUAUACUAUGUGAUUUUAGUGUAUUUAGUAAAUGUCACUUUUUCACAUUUUUAAAUUUCCCGCCAGUUCUGUCCCCGUACGUCCCGACGCUCGCAGGGAACGGAACCAGGAAGACAGAUGCCGGCAUCGGCUGGAGGACAUUGCCAGGGAUGCUGCAAGAGGGACAUCGCGGGAGCAAAGUACAAGGUAAGUGAAAAAGAGAUCCCGGAGCAAUGCUGCAGGGUAUUCUCGAGUGUAGCUCGGGGUUACCGCUUAUGCUACACUCGGGAAUACCUCCAGGGAGGU